AUGUCGUCGAAGAGUGUGACCAGCUCAAUGACAAUUUCACCGGAAUCACCAUCGUUUAACGAGGCGCAUUUACCGCAUAUACCAUCUUCAACGACAUCCACCUCAUCGAUGUACGCCAUACGCACACCGUCACCCAUCAGAUUUCACCUACUGGAAUCACCAAGCUCCGAACUCGAUGCUAUCACCAUCACCGAGUUGGUGGAAGUGCAUUGCGCGCCGUUGAAAGCACACGACGGCAGCGCGAAUAUGUCAGAUUUAAUGGUUGGAGAACAAAGUGUGGUUGGCGUCAAUAUCGCGGAUGAUUUUCCGAGUCAAAAUAAUAAUACAUCCUGUUCUAUGUCAUCCACCCUAACCGAUAGUAAAACUGUUGAUGUACGUACACCGAUAGUAGUUUAAGCUUGUGUUAUAAAUACAAUAUGUAUGUGUGUUUGAAUGUGGUAUCCAUGGUAUUUAAUUGGUUCCAAGUUGGUGUAGUGGCUACAACCAUGCUUGAACCCAGUAAAGAAUAUUCUAAAUGCAACAACACCAUAAAAAUAACCAAAGAAAACUGAAAAGGACAAAGCUUUUUGUGGUAAAUGAGGCGCGAGAGUAAUAUCUAGCUAGUAGCCUAGCUUCGUAGUUCAUCGCAAAGUAGUAUUAAAGCUUCUAAGUGUAAUUAGGCUAUUUUUCUCAGCAUUUUUUUUAGAAAUUAGGGGUUCUCAUAGGGGUCAACUAACGGUAGUUUCAGGACAAAGUUUUUGACAGAAUUGAAUCAUAUUAAGACGGUUUUACGGAAGAAAAGUAGUCGCUGAUUAAGAAAUUCUUUACCGAAGAAAAUAAGUUUCUGAUAAAGAAGGUCCCAAGCUACUUUACUGAAGAAAGGUAGUUUCUGAUUAAGAAUGUCUUUACGGAAGAAAAGUAGUUUCUGGUUUAUAAGAUCUCAAGUUGCUUUUCCGAAGAAAAUUUGUUUCUGAUUAAGAAGGUCUCAAGUUGCUUUACCGAAGAAAAGUACCGAAGUAGUUUCUGAUUAAGAAAAUCUCAAGUUGCUUUACCGAAAAAAAAGUACCGAAGAAGUUUCUGAUUAAAAAGGUAUUUGCCGAAUAAAAGUAGUUUCUGAUUAAGAGGGUCUCAAGUUGCUUUACCGAAGAAGGUAGUUUCUGAUUAAGAAGGUCUCAAGAUGCUUCACGACUAUAGAAUGUAGGUCAAUCAAUUGAUGUGUCUCAUAUUUGUUAGUGGAUUUCAUAAUGUUCCACACUUGGAACACUCUUUCGAAUAUUCAAAAUUAGCAACAGUUCGGGAACCUCAGUGAGAUCGAUGACAAAUUGAAUUUAUCGAUGGAUAACACCUGCUUUGGCGGUAUUCAAUGAGAUAGUUAUGCUUCUUUAAGAAUGAUUAGGAAUCUAGCGAAGUCUGAAUUCUAAAGCAAUAGAAAAAAAUAGUUGCCGCGGCAUAUUUGUUAGUACAGAGAUGUUAUCACUUGGCCUCUUUUGCCGUAAAUUGCUUUGUCUAUAAUAAAUGUUUCUGUGUAAUUAUUGCUAUAAGGAUUUCUGCAAUUCAUUUUUGUAACGAGCGAAUAUUUUUCUU